AUGCCUACUUCUUCUCCGGAUCAGGCUGGCUGUUAUGCUGUCGCUGCCAUCUUGCUAGUAUUCUCGACGUUAGCUGUUAGCGGUCGAUUAUCCGUUCGUCGCAUGAAGAGGGCGCCUAUUGGAGUUGAUGAUAUCUCUAUUUCCGUGUCCUUGCUUGCUUAUAUCUCUCAGAUGAUAUCAAUCGUGGCGUACGGCGCUCUAAAACUGAGUGUUCUGUUCCUCUUCAGACGGAUCUUCAUCGGGCCCCUUUUCUCAAAAGUAUCACUUUUGGCGUUGGUUAUCGUGUCGGCCUGGACGGUUGCAUUCUUCUUUGCUACUCUGUUCCAGUGUGGUACCAUACCAAGUCGAUUGUGGAGCAGUCCCCGUGAUGUAGCUACUUACUGCUCCUCUUACAAGUACAUUCAGCUUGGUCAUGCUACAUCCGAUGUGGCUACGGAUAUCGUUGUGCUGACGAUUCCGAUGCCGAUUAUCUGGCGUCUUCAUAUGACGACGCGGCAAAAAUUGGGUCUUCUUAUUGUUUUCAUGCUGGGAUAUAUGUCUACGGCUGCAGCUACUGCUCGAAUAGUAUUUAUCGCCCAAGAUCUCUAUGGCGAAGAAAGCAAUGUCAUGGUGUGGGGGUAUAUUGAGGCAAGCAUUGGGGUUAUUGCAGCGUGCUUGCCAACUCUACGACCUUUAAUGAAGGCACGGAUGCCAGAGAGUAUCGUCAAUAGCGCACGCUCAAAAUUGUCGUUGAACUCAUUACCCUCGUCACCUCCAUCGCGGAUGCGCCGCGUCUCAGAGGAGGAAUUAGUACCAGAGUCCCAGGAGAGCUAUCAGUUGUCCAAAAACGGGGGAGGGAGCGGAUAUUUCAGUACAACCAUGAGCCACCAUACUAUGGCUCAUGCAGAGAGUUUGGCCCAGUUCGAUAAUCAAGUUGAAAACAAUCUGAUACGCAUAGGACGGGACUUUGAGAUUAGUCAAGACUCUCAAGACCAUUUUGGGGCUGUAGGUCGGUAA